UCCACCCCACCGGCAAGGGUGUCCCCCGUGGUACCUCAUGAUGCAAGGCGGGCAAGUGUUUGUUUUUUUGCGUAGUGUUUUUUCUCCUUCCAGUAGACUCUGUUCAUUGUCUUGUCAUUAAGGCGUCGCCGAGAUUUAAUCCCAUGCCACCGGCGAGGAUCUGAGAGCGCCCCACGAAUGCAAUAUAUUCUCGAUCGGUCACUCCUCCUGGGCGCAUUCUUUACACUGCUUUUUGCUCUCCCUCCUUCUCCUUCUCUUCCAAUUUUAGACCGCACGAUUUCCCGUUCUGCUUUACCUUACUCAAGUACUUUGACAUCCAUGUCCUUACAGCCGUACGGAUAGUAAUCAUUAUAUGCUUACUUCAACCCCAUCUCCGUUCCAUCUUAUGGCUCCUGCGCUUUAUUACACGCUCAAGCUACUGACUCCAUUCCACCCUCAACCUUGCGGGUGACUACCCCAAACAGCUAUUAAGGAAAGUGACGUCGCUGUUGCUGUCUCCGAAGAAACACCAACCUUGGAACCAACAUAAGCUCCAAACCCAACCAGCAGCAAGAAAGUCAUAGUUCGAAACGAAACAGACCACCUAACGCAACUCACCUAAUCCACACACACACUUGCACACACACGCACACAUACAUAAACCGACACUUAGAGAUAGGCCUGAUGCCUGCGCCAACCGGCUCUCGGAUCAGAUCCCUAUCCCUACUCUUUCGUCACGACCGGGCGGACCCCGCCAUUCCACCAACCGCCAUGACGAAACCCGCCCACGAGCUCGACUCUAUACCGGUUCCAGCCCAGCAACUUGCUUCUGGUGGCGGUGCCGUGUCUCCGAGCGACGCUUCUGCCUCGUCUGCGCCCACGUCUGCGUCUGCACCACCACCACCCCAAAAGACCCCUCUUCUUCACCAAAAGGAUGCUCCUUUUAACGGUGCCGCCGCCGCCGUUAUUACCCCGCCGGCCAGUCCCCCCGUGCCAAGACCUGUCGACGAACAAGACGAAUCCCACUCCAUCUUUUCCCCUGCUGCUACUGCGACUACCACUACAGAUACAACCGCCGCCACAGCAGCCACCACUCACACGGCUGAUUCUGCAACGGCCCCUCCUAGUGACGACACAUGCUCAUUGGCGCAGUCGCAGACGAGCACAAACUACAGUUCUCGCCAGGAGUACAUGGACAGUUUGGUCCCGCCGUCCCAAGAUCAAUUUGAAAAGAUUGCAGAGGUACAACGCACGCGCGAGGAGGAGCUAAAGAGGAAUAAGUCGAAGCGCCAGACACAACACCUCCACGACCACUUUCACAACGUCCGACGCUCACAGGACGGACAAAGUGACGCUGCCGGUGACAUUUUCGACGAAGCGCAAAUAAUGUCGCAAGAUCCACCGCCAGCUUCAACCAAAGAGGGUGAACAGGGCGACAGCGAAGCGAUCAACAGGGCCGCGGCGCUGAUCCAGCGCAACUACCGGGGUUAUCGCGUGCGGAGGGAGAUGCAGGGCAUGGGGCUGAACGCAUCGACGAGAUGGGUCUCGGCCAUUGACGAGCUGCAGUUCCGCGAGCUGAACCGGCCGCGCGCAAAGAGCUCCGUCGGCGCUGCUGCUUUGUCUCCCACCGGCGACAGACACAGCGUGCUUUCGAGAGACGAGGAGGGCGGCAUGAGUCGUCCGUCGACGGCCCGUGAGAACUGGAGGAAGGCGGCGACGAUUGCGCGGCGCGCGGGCCACGACGAUGUCGAGUCCGACUCAGACUCCUCUGCGUCCUCGUCUGAAUCAGAUACGCCCGAGAAGAGAGCCGAGAAGAAGAAGAAGCGCGAGGAGGCCGUAGCGAGGCGGAAGAAGGAUUCCAAGAUGAUGGGGUUGCAGUAUUUCCUAGAGAUGGUUGACCUCAAGCAUCGCUACGGGAGUAACUUGCGCGUGUACCACGAGGAAUGGAAAAAGUCCGACACAACGGAGAACUUUUUCUACUGGCUCGAUUACGGCGGCGGAAAGAACGUCGAGAUGGAGGCGUGUCCCCGCGAUCGUCUCGAGAGGGAACAGGUGCGCUAUCUAUCCCGCGAGGAGAGACAAUUCUACCUGGUCCAAGUCGACGACGAGGGGCGACUCUGCUGGGCCAAAAACGGCGCGCGCAUCGACACAACCGAGGCAUUCAAGGACAGCAUCCACGGCAUCGUGCCCGCAGACGACCCGACGCCGGCGUGGUCUCAGAACAACACCCCGCAAACAUCACCCGGAGCCGAAGCCGCCGACGAUAGCCGCUCCGAAUCCUCGGUAGAGUCCGCAUUAGAAGCAGAUCGCGCGGCAAAGUACGCCACGCCCGAGGUCGACGGCGCGACGGGCAUGAAGAAGGUAUCGCACAUCUCAGCAGCGACAAUCUUCAACAAGAUGCUGCGCAAGUCGGUCAAGAAGAACACGUGGAUCUUUGUCGCGGACACGAGCUUCCGCCUGUACGUGGGCAUCAAGGCGUCGGGCGCCUUCCAGCACUCGAGCUUCCUGCAGGGCAGCCGCAUCUCCUCGGCGGGUCUCAUCAAGAUCAAGGACGGGCGGCUGUCGAGCCUGUCGCCGCUCAGCGGGCACUACCGCCCUCCGGCGUCCAACUUCCGCGCCUUUGUCAAGAACCUCAAGGAGGCGAGCGUCGACACGUCGCACGUGUCGAUAUCGAAAUCCUACGCCGUGCUCGUCGGGCUCGAGGUCUAUGUCAAGUCGCGGCAAAAGGGCAAGAAGGCGAUCGAGAAGAUGACGCACAAGAAGGAGAAGAUUAUGGAGCCGGAAGAGUUCCGGAAGCGCGAGGAAGAGGCCAAGGAUAAGAGCGAGAGCGCGGCCAAGGAGCGGAAAGUGCUUGAGAAGGAGGCCGAGGAGAGGGAGGAGAACAAGGCUGCGGUCAAGUUGCUGCGGAAGCUGAACCUGGCCCCGCAGGUGCCGACGGGUCAGAGGAGUGGUGAGGGCGAGGAGGAGGGGAGGGAGGAGCCUGUGAUGGAGACGUUGGCGGAAGAGAGGACGAGGGAAGACACGGCUGCAACUUCUUCUGCUGCUACUCAUCCCACUGCUUCAUCUGCAAGGGCCUAGGUCGCCUCGACUUGUGUCUGGAUUCGGCGUGGUGGGUAAGAGAGAAUGGGCUUUAGAUCCAUGGAGGUAACGGGCUGAUUGGAUUAUGGAUUGGGUAAAGUCGUGGUUUUUUGCUUCAAGAGUUCUUUAUACCCCCCUUGCACGGCCUUGCUUUGGAAAGCAGUAUUCUGAGCGUUUAGAACGAGAGGUAG